AUGGCGGUCGACGACAACGACGAGGCGGUGAUCGCCGCGCUCCGCGCCUCCCGCUCCAACAUCGUUUCCAUUCUCCGUGCCUCCGCCCGCAUGGACAAAGGCCUCGCCGCCGUGGACGCCCGCCUCUCCCUCGGCCUCGAAUCCCUGGACGCCGUCACCGAGGCGGUGGCACCGCUACAGUCGCAGGCCAUGGCCACCAAGGCCCUCCACGCCCGCAUCAACCGCGCCGUCCCCCCGGCCCUCUCCCUCCUCCGCAGCUUCGCCCUCGUGGAGUCCCUCCAGCGCCGCCUCCUCCGCCUCUCAUCCAGGACCUCCUCCAUACCCCGUCUCGUCGACUUCGUCGAAUGCGUGGACCGCCUCCGCGAGACCAUCGCCGCCGUGACGGCCGGGUGCGAGCCGGCGGUCCAGAGGCUCCACGAGGCCGUGGAGUUCCUCAGCCGGACGAGGGCCACAGACCAACUCCGCAUCCACCGGCUUAGGGAAACGCUGGUGGCCCUCGAGCAGCUCUACGAGGCCGAGGUCGACGGCUUGCGCUACGACGGCCCCCUCGACGACGCCCUUCUCCGCCUCCAGAACGACUACGAGGCCAUCCUCGACCUCCUCAAGCACCGCUACAUCGCCGCCCAUGUUGACGGAGGCGACGACACAACCGAUCCUUCUCCUCCUGUUCUGGGCUCCGAGCUCGAGAUCGAGGCCCUCCGCCGAAUCUCCGAAACCCUCGCCUCCAACGACUGUCUCGAUAUCUGCAUCGAUAUCUUCGUCAAGGUGAGGUACCGUCGGGCGGCGAAAGCGUUGAUGCGGCUGAGCCCGGAGUACCUGCGAGCGUACGCGCCGGAGGAGAUCGACGGGAUGGAGUGGGAGGGGCUGGAGGCGGCCAUCUCCCUCUGGAUCCACCACUUCGAGGUGGCGGUUCGCCUGGUGCUCGCCGCCGAGAAGCGGCUCUGCCGCGGGGCCCUCGGCGGGGUCAUGGAUGGCGCCGUCUGGCCGGAGUGCUUCGCCAAGAUCGCCGACAGGAUCAUGGCCGUCUUCUUCCGCUUCGGCGAGGGCGUGGCCCGCAGCUCUAACGAGCCGCAGAAGCUGUUCAAGCUGCUCGACAUGCUCGACGCCCUCGACCGUAUCCGCCCGGCCUUCAUCAGCACCUUCGACGGCGAGGCCGGGGGGGACAUCCGCGCCCGCUGCCGGGAGCUCCAGAAGCUCCUCGUCCACGCCGCCGCGAGGGCCUUCUGGGAGCUGGGACUUAAGAUCGAGGGCCUCCAGGACAGGGCACCGCCGCCGCGCGACGGCUCCGUACCGAAGAUCGUCCGCUACGCCGUCAACUACCUCAAGUGCCUCGCCGGCGGCGGCUACGCGGCGUCCAUGGAGCGGGUCCUGCGGACGGAGGCGGUGUGGAAGGCCGGACCCCUCGCCGCCCGGCCUGAUGCGGAGGAGGAGGACCUCCUCAGCGACGCGCUGUCGAACGUCUUGGAGGCGCUGCAGAGGAACGUGGAGGCCAAGCGGGGCGAGUACGGGAGCAGGGACCGGGUGGUGCCGCACGUGAUGGCGAUGAACGCGUACUGGUACAUCUACAUGAGGACGAGGGGAUCGGAGCUGGCGGCGCUGGUCGGGGAGGAAACGAUGCGUAGGCGGUUCAAGACGGCGGCGGAGGAGGCGGCGUACUCGUACCAGGAGGAGGCGUGGGGCCCGCUGGUGAGGCUGCUGACGGCGACGGGGGAUGUGGAGGCGUUCAUGAUGGGUUUGGACGAGAACCUAAGGAGGCACCGGAGCGGUUACUGCGUACCGGACGGGGAUCUAAGAGAGCAGAUAAAGGAGGCCGUGGCGAAGGUGGUGGUGGAGGCGUACGCCGGGUUCCUGCACGCCAACGCCGGGGUGGUGGUGGAGGGGAGGGCGUUCCUGCCCCCCGAUGCGAUCAAGCGCUACGAUCAUCAAGCUUUGCCUUUAACCUCAAAGGUUCUGACAUUCAUGUCCAACCGUGUAUAA